AUGAUCAAGCAAGCUGCACCGCAGCAUCCGCAUGGUCUCACCAAAUUGCAACACCGCCUUCUCUACGAAUCCGAUUCGGAAUCCUCGUUUGACUUUUCCUUUAGCUCCCCUUCUAGCGUCGGCUCAGCCUCCGAAUACAGCGAUGCAGGCUCACGCACCCGCAGCUCCAGUCUCUCGCGCCGCGCUGGACCACAUGCUCCUUCUGCCUCCCGCUCCGAGUCCAUCUCUUCCGUGCUCGGCUCUUCGGUCGCCAUACAAAGGGUCAUGAUGGCUACCGAUUCCGUUCCCACCCCUUCGCGUCAGUCACAGCGUCAGUCGGUUCGAGCCAUCGCCAGCGCUUUUGAGCAGGUUGGAAGAUCGGCUAACGUGCGCGCUCCACCUUCCAAGAUCUUCACCCAGCUCGCGCGCGUACAAGAGCAGAGCAUAUCCAGCAAUACUGCUGCUCAGUCACCGAAACAAGCAUCAAUGCUACCUUCUUCUCGCUCCGCCGGCUCGCUCUCUUUGCUAUCCACCGUCACUCCCAGCGAUGGUCUGAACAAGAUGGCUGCUCAACCAUCCAAUCCAACGUCAGGGCUACCUACCUCUCGAUCCGUCGGCUCGCUCUCUUCGCUCUCCUCGGGGUUGACCUACACGUCCGACGGUCGGCGUUCAUCAAAUGCCAGCGGCGCAGUUCCUGCAAGGCUUACGAUCACCAAGCAGCCCAUCAAGGGCCCGUCAUCGGCUCCGGCCUCCAGCGCUACAUCACAGCCGCCGCCCGUGUCGUCUUCUGAUGCGGAGAAAACCCAUCCCACCCUGCAGCAACAAUCUCAUUUCGUGUUUCCGCCUCGCAUUCCGAUGCAACAACAGACGAGGCAACCGUAUGACGACGAGUCUCAUGCUCACGCUCGCAGCUUGGACAAUCUAGACGGCAAAUACGAUGACGAUGACGAGCCCGCAUUCGAAAUUAUCCCUUCGCCUUCCCCUUCUCGCAAGCGCAGUGUGCCCUUGCGCCUCAGCAUCGUUGCAUCCGACUCUGGCGACGUGCAGCCUGCGCCUGACGCCGCGCCUUCAUCCCCGUCCCCGAACGCUUCGGCAAAUGCCUCGUCGCCACCGUUGCCAUCUCCGCUGUCGGCUGUAUCACGCGACUCGCUCGACUCGAACUACUCGCUAGACUCGCUGAGCGGCCAUCCGUUUUCGUUGCAAUUUGUGGGUGAGGAGGACGAGCGUUUUCUGCGUGCAAGUUCAGCUGCCUCCAUGCAGGAUCUGGAUGAAACCGAUGAAUUUCGCAGCCCCUUCAUGAACCAGGGUACUAGCAGCUUCAUAACCCCACCCUCGCCACCUGUAGACAAACAAGUUGUUGCACGUCAGCAGAUCGACGCUUCCGCAGCUCGUAGCAUGUUGCUCGUGGAUGCACCUACAAACAAGGCUGGUGUGUCGACGCUACAUCGUUUGAUGCUUUCCACGUCGCGACCAUCUUCCUCGUCGUUGUCGUCGACGGCGACAGCAGCACCUGCUUCGAUGAGGGUAAAUCAAGACACUUGUUUCCCACUGCCACCUGGGACAAUCGCCUGUACGCGUCGGACGGGCACUGAGAGCAAGUCGGCAGAGGGCACUAGGGAUGCGGUUGGCAGUGCGGCGGUGGAUCUUGGUAACGAGCGUGGAGCUGAUCAGUCGCUCGCGAUCGCUGAACUCAAGAGACAGGCUGCAACGUUGCUCGAGUCGAUCCGUUCGCUAGGCAACGAAAUCGACGAAUCCAUCCCUCCCACUCACAGACUGCCAGCCAGCUCGUACCGAUCAUCCACGUCCAAUCCAACCCACAGUGGCACUGCCCAUGCUCCCGCAAAAGCGCCCUUCGUUGCAGUCGACCAAACAUACUCGGACCUGUGGAGCUUGAUGGACUCCUGGUACUGGUCCAGCUUCCAACUCACUCCCAACCACCAUCACCUCUCCAAACCAUCCUGA